AUGUUUGUGAAGAGCAAAGAGGAUGUCGCACGGGACCGAGACUCGGCGAGUACCGGCUCCUCUUCUUCCGCGCCUGCCACGACACCAACCACUCGGACCACGCACCACGGCGUUCACACUGGCCAUGACGUAACUUCGCACGACGCUCACAAAGGCCGUGUCAUCGUACCUCGCAAGUCCCGAGGAGUCGUCACGAUGGAACAUUUGGCGAGGAGAAUCAACGCAAAGUAUCUAGUGUUCCUCUAUGGGGGUUUCGCGUUGUUGGCUUAUGUGAUGAGUUUGGGUGAGUCGGCCCGCCCAGGCCACCGCCCUGCCUUUAGGGGCGUUUUGAGGCUUAUUCGCGAAGAGGAAGAGUGGAAAUGAGGUCGCUCGGUCGUGUGGUAGCUGUGGUGCAAAAGAUGGCAAGUGUCACUAACCUGUUGAGUUUCAUUGACAAUUGUGAUUGGACAGACCAAUAGUGAGUGUGGAGCAUCGCUUGAUUACCGAACAACGCAAUUUUCGCACUCGAAGGCUGACCUUUCACCUCCUAUCUUGCCGACUUCUCCCCCAUCUCGCAGCACCAACGGAGCCUACCUUACGCAAGCUACUUCAACCUCUUUCGACGCCCACUCGACCUUGGCGACCAUCUCGGCCAUUCAAGCCGUCUUCCAAGCCGUGUCGCAGCCGCCGAUCGCCAAGAUUGCCGAUGUCGCGGGUCGGGUUGAGGCAUAUGUGCGUUGUAGCGAAUAUCGAGCAUCAUAUACCCCGAAUUUGAAUCACUGAUUGUCCUUCUUCAACCGUUUCAGCUCUUGUGUGUGCUCUUAUAUGCUGUCGGUCAGUCGUUUCCGACCUCUUCGAAGCAUGAAGGAAUAUUCUGACACUUUGCGCAUUUCGUCCGAGCAGGGUAUGCCAUUGUCGCAGCGGCCCCGUCAGUCUAUGUCUACGCCGUGGGAAACUCGAUCCACAUUCUCGGAAUCACCGGUAAGUCGAACGCAUCAGAGUUGAACGGACUCAACGCUGAUCGAAGCCCAUGUUGGGCUCUUCGUGCGACCCGGCAGGCCUAUUCCUCUUGCAAGCCAUCAUCAUCGCCGACAUCUCUUCAACUCGCAAUCGCGUCUUUUGGUCCAUCUUUCCUUCCUUACCCGGAGUCAUCAACGUCUGGGUCUCGGGUGAUAUCUCCGGAUCGGUGCUCUCCCACACCUCGUGGAGAUGGGGCAUUGGGAUGUUCUGCAUUUUGAUCCCCGUCAUGGCCUUGCCGAUCAUCUUGACCCUCGGGAUCGGGAUGAGGAAGCAUCGCCAAUCUUCGAUCGACGAGAGUGAAGUCGCUAGGGAGGAGAGUGAGGAGAGGGAACGACGCGGUCUGGCGGAGAAUAGGGGUUGGUGGAACAAAACCGUUGGGGUGUUUUGGAGCUUGGACUUGAUUGGGUUGUUGUUGCUCGUCGCUGGAGCGGGAAUGGUCUUGGUGACGGUUACGAUUGCGAACGGGUUGGGCUCCAACUGGAGUGAUGGUGAGUGAAUUGGCUCAGAUGUACAGGUUCACAGCGUGAUUGAGCUGAUCCGUACCUUUGGCGCUAAACUCUCCACAGCUCACUGCAUCGCGCUUUUGGUCGUCGGCGGUCUUUGCUGCAUUGCCUUUGUCCUUUACGAGCGCUACUUUGCUCGACACCCCGUGAUCCCCUUUUCUCUUCUUUCGAACCGAACCGUCAUCGCUGCUCUCGUCAUCGCCCUCUUCCAUCCCAUGGCUUCGGGAGCGGUCCAGUCAUAUUUCUACACCUUCCUCUACGUCGCCGCCAAUCAAUCCAUCCAAUCCGCGACGCGCAUCUCCUCCAUUUCGUCCUUUUCCGGAACGCUCUGCGCCGUCGUCGUCGGUGUGUUAGUGCGCUAUACCCGUCACCUCAAGUACUUUGUCGUCUUUGGUGCGGCCGUCGAUGUGCUUUCGUACGGUCUCAUGGUCCGCUUGCGUCAAUCGACGAAUUCUCAAGCCGAAUUGGCGAUCGUACAAGUCAUUCGUGGGUUCGGGGAAGGAUGCAUUGGGUUCCCUGUUCAGGCGGCGAUUCAAAUGACGGCGAAGCAUGAACAUGUUGCGGCGAUCACGGCGGGCUAUUUGACCAUUUACUAUCUCUCGGGUGGUGUGGGCGCAGCGAUUGGUGGAGGUCAGUUUUUCGUCUAGGGCCUCUGGGAGAAUCUUUGUUCCUUUGCUCCUCCGUUCUGACUUUUUUUUUUGCCCAACAUACCACUAAAAGGGAUUUGGACCAAUCUCCUGCCCGCUAAACUCCAAGCCUCACUUCCGGCCGACCUCGCUGCCGAAGCGUACGAAGAUCCGAUCAGUUUCAUCGGCACCUACCCCGUCGGUACACCUCAACGUACGGCGCUCGCCAGAGGUCAGGACGAAACGCAACGGAUCAUCGUCAUCGUAGGGUGUUGUUUGGCUGCUGUUGGGUUGGUCGCGUCGUGGUUCUUGGAGAAUAAGAGGUUGGGGGAUGAGAGGGAUUUGGUGGAGGAAGAUCAGAGGGAGGGGGAGGGGAGGCUUGAAGAGAUUUUGAAGAAGGAUGAAAAGGUUGAGAGGAGUGAUUGA